UAUUUCUUACUUGCACCUCAAGCAACUUAUUACAUAUAUAAUUGUAUGUUCCCUUAGAAAGUUGUCAAUUCAAAGCCCCUAGACCCGAGUCUCCCACAGCCCCACAAACCCUCUCGCGCCACCGUCGCCGGCAUCGGAGUCACGCCGUUCAGAAUGGCGGGAAGCGAAGCCGAGAAACCUUCAACGCAGCAACAAGAAGAGACUGGCUUGGGGCUCACGCAUCGGAAGGCAGAGAAUUUUGGAGAGUGGUACUCUGAGGUAGUCGUGAAUGCCGAAUUGAUCGAGUACUACGAUAUCUCUGGCUGCUACAUUCUCAGACCAUGGUCAAUUUCAACCUGGGAGAUACUACAAACUUUCUUCGAUUCACAAAUCAAGAAGAUGAAGGUCAAGAACUGCUACUUCCCACUGUUCGUGAAUCGCGGUGUUCUGGAUCACGUUGAGGGGUUUUCACCAGAGGUUGCUUGGGUAACAAAAUCCGGUAAAACUGUGUUGGAGAAUCCAAUUGCAAUUCGCCCUACCAGUGAAACUGUGAUGUAUCCCUAUUUCUCCAAGUGGAUUAGAGGGCACCGUGAUUUGCCAAUGAAACUGAAUCAGUGGUGCAGUGUGGUUAGAUGGGAGAGUAAUCCUAUGCCAUUCAUUCGGAGUUGCGAGUUUCUCUGGCAGGAAGGGCACUCUGCUUUUGCAACCAAGGAGGAAGCAGAUGCUGAGGUUCUUGAGAUACUGGAAUUGUAUAGGUGUAUAUAUGAAGAGUAUUUGGCUGUUCCUGUCAUAAAGGGGAAGAAAAGUGAGCUUGAGAAGUUUGCUGGUGCACUUUACACUACCAGUGUUGAGGCAUUUAUUCCAAACACAGGUCGUGGUAUACAAGGUGCAACUUCUCAUUGUCUGGGCCAAAAUUUUGCUAAGAUGUUUGAGAUAAACUUUGAAAAUGACAAGGGAGAGAAAGCAAUGGUGUGGCAGAACUCAUGGGCCUACAGUACUCGAACUAUUGGGGUGAUGGUUAUGGUUCAUGGUGAUGACAAGGGAUUGGUGCUGCCUCCAAAAGUAGCAUCAGUUCAAGUCAUAGUGAUUCCCGUGCCUUACAAAGGUGCUGAUACUCAAGGAAUCAAUGAUGCCUGUUCUGCAACUGUGGUUACAUUAUGCGAGGCAGGUAUUCGCGCUGAGUUGGAUUCUAGAGAUGACUAUCUUCCUGGGUGGAAACAUUCUCACUGGGAAAUGAAAGGUGUUCCUCUAAGAAUAGAGAUUGGGCUUAAGGAUUUGGCAAAUAAGCAGGUCCGCGCUGUUCGACGCGAUAAUGGAGAAAAGAUAGACAUUGCUAAUGAAGAUUUGGUUGAGGAAUUGAAGAAGUUGCUGGAUGAUAUUCAGCAGAAUCUUUUUGAUGUUGCCAAACAAAAGCGAGAUGAAUGUGUUCAGGUCAUACAUUCAUGGGAUGAGUUUGUACAAGCUUUGAACCAGAGAAAGAUGAUCUUAGCACCUUGGUGUGAUGAGGAGGAGGUGGAAGAAGAUGUCAAAGCAAGGACAGAGGGCGAGAUGGGAGCAGCAAAGACUCUUUGUAGUCCCUUUGAUCAGCCAGAACUCCCUGAAGGAACGAUAUGCUUUGCUUCAGGAAGGCCUGCCACAAAGUGGACAUACUGGGGCAGAAGUUACUAGUUGUGUGUUUGGAUCAGCGUUUGCAGAAUUGAUUCUGACAGAAUUUUCUCGAGAUAUAUAGUUCAAUAUUUAACCUUGUAUGAUUUGUGGAUUACACAUUAUUAUAUAGCUUUCUUUUGCACGGGUA